CACGACGAGCUUGUCAUGCCGUCCCAAACGACAAGCUUGCUCACUAUUACUGGCAUUUCUCUCAUAACUGGCUUCGUUGCAUAUGCUGCUUACUUCGAUUAUAAGCGUAGGAACGAUGCAGGGUUUAGGAAAGAUCUUCGAAAACAAAAGAAGCGCGUGGACAAAUCCAUAGCUUCCUCACAAGCAUCAUUGGCGGCAUCGGGAGCCACUUCUACUGCUGAUCUUCGCGCUGCUCUUGAGCAGGUCAAAAAGGAACCCGUCCCGGCCUCACCCGACCAGAAAGAGGCUUUCUUCAUGUCUCAAGUCGCGAUGGGAGAACAACUUGCUGCCCAAGGCCCUGACUUCCACUUGCCGGCGGCCAUGUCCUUCUAUCGUGCCCUCAGGGUAUACCCUUCCCCCGUUGAGUUGAUGGUUAUAUAUCAAAAGACAGUACCCGAGCCAAUUUUCAAGCUUGUCAUUGAAAUGACCAAUUUGGACGUCAAGGAUCGUGUUGAAGGCUACUAUGACGUGUUCCCUCCGAAGUCUCUUGGUGUGGCGGUAGAAACUCGACCAACUCCAGCUACGGGUGCAUCUAGAAGCGUACUAGUACUGUCACGAGACGUUAAAGCAGGCGAAGUCAUAUACAGGGAGCAUCCGAUUGUGGGGGCACUUGAUCUCGACCUGCAAGCUUCCGGGACCCAUUGUUCUCACUGCAUGCGUGCUGUCGAGCCUUCUGAUUCCAUCAAAGUUCCUGGAGACCCUUUGUCCACUGUUUACUGUUCCAAGGCAUGUCAACUAGACGCAAAAGCCCAGUACCACUCCCUGUUAUUCACUCUCGAACGACCGCUACCUGCCGACAUCCCAACAGAACCGAUAAGUUCCGCCCAGAUGGAAGCUCGUAGAAAAGCCCAGACACAAUACAUUGACUAUGUCAAGAAACACGACAAGAUUGGGCCUCUUCUUGUCGGUCUGUUCAUCGCAAGGCAGGUCGGGCUCGAGACAGCCAAACUCAUUCCCGGUGUAACAUUACCAAAAGGGCACGGUGCAGCGGACUUCGCCGAUGCCGAGUCGGAUGAUUACCUCCUCGCGGACCAUAUUGAACGACUGAGGUAUCUGGAGGUCUCUUCCCCAAAGGAGGAGGUGGAGAUGAUCACUGCAGUUCUACAAACCGUUUUGCCUGGCUUAGAAUCAUUCGUUACGGACGAACGAUAUGCGGUAUUACUUGGUAAAAUGGCCUACAACGCAUUUGGUGUCACAUUUGGUGAUGGGAGAGACGACAAACCUGUAUCGUCCACCCGUCCAGAGGACCAAGAAAGAACCCGCACACCUCAUGGUACCUCUCGCCAAGUCGGGACUGCAAUCUACACCGUUGCCUCGUAUCUCUCCCAUUCUUGCGAGCCUAACGCUCGCCCGUCAUUCAACAGCGGUACUUCCGAGUUUUACCUCGUGGCGAACCGUGAUAUCAGUAAAGGCGAGGAGCUCACAGUUUCUUUCGUUGAUUGCUCGAUACGAGAUGGCGAAUCAGUCAUGGAUGCCCGCCGAAGGAGAAGGAUGGAACUGGCUCGAGGAUGGAGGUUCGCCUGUGGAUGCGGGAAGUGUAUUGAAGAGGCAAAGGAACUUGGAUUGGAGGGCGGAGAUACCACCAAAGGUAAGGAUGAGAGCAAAUUAGAGGCCGCAUACUCCAAUUUUGAGGAGAACCAGGCCCAAACUCAGGAUGCGUUGUAG